UAAAUUGUGAGAAGAUUUUUAAAAAACUCAAACGACACAUUAAUUCGAUGAGCUGCCAUUUGAGUUAUUUGAGUUUCGUUUUUAUUCCAUAUCAAUGCUGACGUCACAGGGAGUUUUGGUACUUGGUCUUUGCCUGUGCAUGUUUUUGAAGCCGUUAGUUUCUCUUUUGACUUUGAUCACAACCCAGUUUCGUGUACAACCAACCAAUUAUUUUUCUUUCAAAAAUGUUUUGUUAAUAUUGGAUGUAACCGAUUCAUCGGAUAGGUUUAAGAUAUUUAAAAUUCCAAUUCAACACAGCUACUGAUUGGACAGCUGACGUUAGGGAAAAACAAGUACUGAAAAGUCGUUGCGAAGAGGCAGUCCGCGAAGGCAUCAUCGGGCAGCCUUCAGCCCUCUCCUGAGGUUUACGUAAUCAACGUGCAGGGCGGCCCCGCCCACUUUCUCCCACUGCAAAUAGGCCUCGAACCGAAACUGCAAAACAGUCUCAACUCCAAACGAGCAAGCGACAACAUCCAGUUAAUCUCACUCACUGCCCCCGCACGCCUAAAGGAACGACUUCAGAAGCCUGGCAACAAUGAUUUUCCACAAGUUGAAAAAGUUGGACAUAGUCUUCGACGCCCCGGACGUGGACUGUCCUCCCGUGUACAGCAACGGCGACGUGGUGUCCGGCCGGGUGGUACUGGAGCUCACCGGGGAGAGUCGCGUGGACUCCCUGAAGCUCCACGCCGAAGGUUUCGCCAAAGUGCACUGGACCGAGUCUCGCUCGGCCGGCUCCAGCACCGCCUACACGCAGAACUACAGCGACGAGGUGGAGUACUUGAACCGGAGAGAGGUGCUGCUGCAGGCAGAUAAUGGUGAAGUGACCAUCCUUCCUGCAGGCAGACACGAAUUCCCAUUCAGUUUCCAGCUGCCAGAGGAGACUCUGGUCACCUCCUUUGAGGGGAAACAUGGCAGCAUUCGUUACUGGGUCAAAGUGAAGCUGCACAGGCCCUGGGCCACCGUCAGGAAGAUCAAGAAGGAGUUUACUGUCAUUGAGCCCAUUGACAUUAACACACCAGCGCUAUUGGCACCACAGGCCGGAACGAAGGAUAAGAUGGCACGGACGUGGUACCGGAACUUUGGACAAGUGUCUGUCACAGCGAAGCUUGACCGCAAAGGUUAUACGCCUGGUGAGGUCAUACCUGUUUUUGCAGAGUUUGACAAUUCUACUUCACGGUCAAUCGUGCCCAAAGCCCACAUCACUCAGACUCAAACGUUCAUCGCCCGCGGCACCAUGAAGCAGAAGCGCGCUGUGGUGGCCACACUGAGUGGUGACGCGGUGGGCGCCAGGUGCAGGGAAACGUGGCACGGUCGGGCUAUUAAGAUCCCCCCUGUGGGUCCGUCCAUCCUCCAGUGCCGCAUCAUCAAAGUGGAAUACAUGCUCCAGGUGUGUGUCAAUGUCCUGGGAACCUCCAAGCUGUUUCUUGAGCUGCCUUUGGUCAUAGGCACCAUUCCGCUCCAUCCGUUUGGAAGCAGGACUUCUAGCGUCAGCAGCCAGUAUAGUGUCAAUCUGGAGUGGCUGCGUAUGGCUAUCCCAGAGCAGCCUGAGCCUCCUCCAGAAUACAGCUCUGUGGUGGCAGAGGGGGAGGCCGAGCAGUGCAGCAAUAGCAGCAGCAGCAACGCGGUGGCCCAACAGCCGGCCGAAGAUCUGAGUGGGAUCCUCGAGCGGCCCCUCAUGGCCUUUGUGCAGGAGUUCCGCUUCCGACCGCCACCUGUGUACAGUGAGGUUGACCCCAACCCUCAGCCUUCCAACAUGAGGCCUCGCUGCAUGACGUGCUGAAAUGCAAGACCCUGCCUGUGUGUCGAGCGACUUCCAUUAAUUCUAUGAAUCAGGAGAUUUAUCUGAUUCCUCCUCUUUGAAAAGUGGCACCUGGUCGUACCGGUGUCAUUGAGAGACUGCCGUGAGCGCCACAGUGAAAGUUGGCACCCGCCGCCGCCGGGGGCUGAGAGACGGAGGAGCAACCCCCCACUUUGUUUCCAGUCUUCAUGUGGACUUUCUGUGGUUCUGCUAAGAUGGAAGCAGCAGCUCCACAUCAGUGAUUUAUUUAUGUUUUAAUCCUGAUGUGAGCUACAAACACUUCCCAAUCAACAAUUCCCUCACCUGAAAUGAGAUUUAAGGAAUUGAGGACAUGUUGAGGUGGGGUGUAGUCACUUGUAUCGAGUGCGUUGGGUGUCAAGUGCCUUGUUGUAAAUUGCCAUUUAUGAUCACAUCGUCAUCUUUGAAUGGUGUAAAGAGAAGUGCAAUUAUUGUUCAGUCUCUACGUCCCUUUUACCAGACUACACAGUGGAAGCCAAAAGGUGCCUGUGACGAUUUCUACUGUUAACCCAGCACAUACUGUAAAUGAAUGUGUAUUGACGGUUGGAGCUAGACACGUGUUUUAUACAUGCAGUAAAAAAAAUGUAAAAGGGAAAACUACAUAUGCCUUAAACAUCUGAUGUUAAAGAAGUUGUUGUUCGGAAAGAAAAUGGAACAAAUACAGUUUUAUUAUGCAACGUGGAUGUGUCAGAUAGAGGAUGCUAAGUUUUGUUUGCACAAAGCAGAAUCAAAAUGAGCUCUUAGUUUAUAAAAGUGCAUGAGGCUUACUGAUAAGCUCCCCUAGCUGCUAAUAAAAAGGAGGUGACACGGACCUGAACCGUGUGGUUCGAAGUUGUUGAUUGGAGCCAGAUGCCUUGUUGGUCUUAGCCGCUUUGGGAAGCUCAACUAGAACACACUUAAGACAAGCUUUAAGCCGGAGAUGCCUCUGGAGUGAAUGGACAAAGAACAUUCCAAAAACUGACUCUGGGAUUAUUAUUACUUUUCCUCAAUUAAAAAACAACAACAACAGUAACGAGUAGGAAAGAAGUCUUCAGGGUCAGCAGUGUCAUGCAUGGAAAUUGCAAUGACUGUAUUUUUUUUUUUUUUAAAACCAGUUUGAAUUCCGAUCUUGCCAAAGUUUUUUUUUUUUUUAAAUCAAAUAAACAAUACAGAAGUAA